AGCAACAACGGAAGCUGCUUAUGCCUGCGUUCUCAUAUCGCCACAUCAAGAAUCUAUAUCCGAUCUUCUGGUCAAAGGGCAUUGAGAUGGUGAAAUUGAUUGAAGCAGACCUGCAACAGCGUGCUAACCCGACAGACAACGUCAUCCGCGUAGCAUCUUGGAGCAGCAGAGCAACACUUGACAUUAUUGGUCUUGCGGGCAUGAACCGCGAUUUUGAUUCUCUCCAGAAUCCAACCAACAAGCUGGCAGCCGCAUACCAUAAACUCAACAGUGUACCCCCCACGCACAUGGAAAAAGGCCUCUUUGUUAUUGGACUCCUUCUCAACGUCCCUCACCUGGUCCACAAGCUGCCAUUCAAGCGCAACCGUUAUAUCAGAGAAAGUGCGGCUUACAUUCGGAACGUUGCACAAGAAAUGAUCCACGACGCUCGACAGUCAGUUGAAGGCGAAAAAGCGCAUCAAACCACGGACGCAGUGGACAUUCUCUCUGUAGCAAUAGAGAGCGGCGGUUUCACAGAUGAGGAGCUCAUCGAUCAGAUGAUGACCUUCCUCGCAGCCGGUCACGAAACCACCUCGGGAGCACUGCAAUGGUGUGUGUAUGCCCUUUCCAAGUAUCCUGACAUUCAAACCCGCCUGCGCGAGGAGAUUCGCGCCAACUUGCCCUCUAUUUCGGUCGAAAACCCCGAAUCCAUAUCCGCCGCCACUCUCGACUCCCUCCCUUACCUCCAUGCUGUCUGCCAGGAAGUCUUCCGCUUCCAUCCUUCCGUACCGAACACUGUUCGCAUCGCCAAUAAAGACACCACAAUCGGCGGGCAGAGGGUUCCUAAGGAUACGGUAAUUCAGAUUGUGCCCGCACUGACUAACCACGAUAAAUCCCUUUGGGGUCCUGAUGCGGACCAGUUCAAUCCCGACCGGUGGCUGGGCCCCGGCAAGGCCAACACCGGCGGUGCCACCAGCAACUACGCAUUUCUGACAUUCAUACAUGGCCCGCGCAGUUGCAUUGGGCAGGGCUUUGCCAAAGCUGAGCUGGCUUGUUUGCUGGCCACAUUUGUUGGGAAAUUUCAGUUCGAACUCGAGGAUCCCAAUAAAGAGCUCAUACUCCGUGAAGCCGCAACAGUCACCCCGAAGGACGGGGUCCUGGUAAAAAUAACGCCGUUAGAGGGAUGGUAAAAUCAUAAUGAUGCUAUGAUACCUGCGACUGUACAUUUUUCGGCUUCGUUGUAUAUUUCUUUGGUUCUCACAAAACCUGUGUUGUCACCGCAAUUCUUUCAAUAUAAUUAGAGCUAUUGACUGAUUCCCACACUACUAGCUAUGAUCAAGCACUAGCCUUCCUAAUUUCCUCACCAAGAUACUCG